AUGAGGAUACCACGGAUAAUGAAAGCUAGCCUGGUGGCGUUCACACUGCUCUCCCCUGCCACUGUCUCUGCUCAGGCCACCUCAACCACAAAUACAAUCAGCACAUCAAUUGCUGCCACAUCCACGACCGACUUUAUCCUCCCCACUGUUACCAGCUCUGCCCCUACAGUACCUACCCCUGCUCCAGCACCAACCCCCAGCGCAGGCAACUCUACAUUAAAGACGUGCCCAGGCCCUCUGAUCAACAACACGUUCGGCCUCAACAUCCCGACAUGCAUGGGUCCUUGCUGUAUCAAAUGCCCAGCCGUGAACAGCUUUUACGAACCAAACAAGGUCGAACGCGUCAUGAAUGCGGCCUAUGUAACCCGCCAGGUCUCGAUGGCGCUUUCAAUCUUUAUAGCGUUUUCGUACAUGCUCCUACCAGGCAAGAGGUCGCAGCCACACAUUUCAGUCUUGUUUUUGUCCGUGUCCUUGUCGCUCUGGUACAUCUCUUUUGACAUCAUGCCGGGUGUGUCGAACGCCUGUAUCAACGAGUUUGAACAGUCCACUGGUCACAACUCAAAACUAUGUGGUGUCCAGGGCGUCUUGAUCAUCUACUUUACUCAGACCAGCUCCCUCUGGUGUUCCUUGCUUAUCUAUAAGUUGCAUCUGCUGGCGGUUUGGCGCAGCGACUUUGUCGAUCGACAUUACGGCUGGCUGACAAGCUUUUGUUGGAUUUUCCCGCUCGCUUUUGCUAUUCCUGUCGCAGUCAUGAACUUGUCUCAAUACCCCGGCAUUGGAUUCAGCUGUCUGGUCAGCACCGCCAAUCUGAACACAUACCUGUUCUAUCCCCUGGCCGUCUACAUCUACCCUGCGAUGCUUUGUCACACCGUGACAGUUGCUAAAAUGAUCCAUCUCGCAAUCCUCUCGUCCAACAUUGACACUGGCUUAUCCCAACUCUCAUCCAGCGCAAGGAUGAAGAUCACCACAACUAUGCAAGCUAAGCGACUGCUUCGCGGUCAAUGGCGUCCUGCCUUAAUGGUCGGAACUGCCAUGACUUCAAUGCUAAUCUUUUGGCUAUUCUACUUUGUGGAUGCCCAUCGUUUGGCAGAUCUGGGCCCAACAACACCGUGGAUCCAGCAAUGGGUCAUCUGCGUCAUGACCAACGGUGCCAAGGGGUUAACAUCGGAUGAGACGCAAACACUAUGCUCUAAGGAGAUCUCCAGCAAUUUGCCGUCGAUCCCAUGGCUCACAGCUGCAGAACUUGUUCUAGCCCUCGUUGGUACUGUAGUGGCGUUGGUCUUUAUCUCUAAGGCUGAGUUCUGGUCCGACUGGGCGUUCUUGUUGAGCAACAUUUUCCGCCGUGGUAAACUGGGACACGGCAGUCGAGGACACGGAUCGCCUGAUGGCAACCUACCUAAUAAUGCGGAGCAUACCGCUCGAUACAACUACAACGGUUCUCCUCUGAAGAAAGGCACCCGCGUUGGAUACAACGAUGUGCUACCGGGAGAAUUUAAGAAUGAACAUAAUCCCAUCGUCAGACGGGAACACCAGGAGGGAACACAAUGGUACGAUAUGGACGACCUUCUGGACAAGGAAUAUGACCUGCAGGGCGCCGAACUACAGAGGAAUAUGAGUUAUGGAUCCAGGACUGCAAUGACAUCUGCAUGUGGCCAUCAAUCUUCGACUCAGCUCCCUCAGUACCCUUCCAGCAGUAUCCAGGAUCCCCACUCAGGCGACAUUCUGUAUGCACCGCCUGUGCAGGAGAGCGUUAAUAAUAACGCAUGGUCUUCGGCGGCUCAUUCUGCGGUAAGCCCUGCCGAGACCUAUUUGGUCGCCAACGACAACAGUGAUCAAUAUGUGGAUCGACCGUUCAUCACAUUCGUCGACUUUUCCCCAAAAAUCUCUUUCACCGAUGCCCCAGAAGGCCCCUGGCAAAACUUCGUCCACUUCAUUACCAAGGCCCACUCAACCGGACUCGGUCCCGAUCGUGAGCGGCGUCUGGGGAUCACCAGCGACCACCUAUGCGCAAUCCUCAGCAACGGCUCCGUCUCCAUCUUCAUCAACACUAAAGGCAACGCUCUACGAUCUGAACGAUAUCCGAGUUGGAUGAUUAUCUUCCAGGAAAUGGAAAGAGAACAAAUUGGCUCUGUGAACCGGAUGAGAAGGUUAGAAAGCGACUUAUCCCAUGUGAAAGAAAAUGCAUCCGAGAAGAACUCAAUUAGUGGUUCUGCCAGCAAAGAGAGCCUCCGUCUUUGGAUGCAGACACUGCGCGAUUUGACUGAAGCAGCCAUCUCCGGUUUAUUACAAUUGCUCUUAUUUACACCAAGAUUACCGUUGCAUGCCUGA